AUGUUGAUAAAAACUUUUCUCCCCAUGUUUUUACUGUUUAGUUGCAUUAAAUAUGCCAGGACCAUCCGCUGUUACGAAUGCACCAGCGCUAACAAUUCUAUGUGUCUCGACCCCACGAUUUACGACCAGGAAACAAUGAUGAGGUUCCUUGGCACAACAAACUGCGAAACAGGAGUCUAUUCAGCUGGGAAUAAGGAUUUUUUCUGCAGGAAGAUCGUACAAACCAUUCUUCAUAAGGGCCACGAUCCUGAGGUACGCGUGACACGCGGCUGUGGCUGGGUGAGGCACCCACGCGACUGCUACAAGGCCGACAAUGAGGAUCACCUGGAGACUGUAUGCCAGUGCUUCACAGACGGAUGUAACGCUGGAGUGGCGUUCGGGUACAGCGCUGGUGUUGUGGUGGUCCUUGUUCUUUUAGUUUUGUGCUUCUAG